UGGGCUGAAUCAUGGAACCAUCACAGAAUUUCAAUUCGUGAUGAGCGCCAGCGCAGUCCACGCGACAUGUUCUUCUUUGGCAUGCUUCAAAAUGGUGUGCGUGGGGUGGAUGCUAUAUUCAUCCCGGGAGAUGAUGAAGUGGGUGACUUCCAAGAGUAUGGAAUAGACUGGGAAGCAUUUGAUGAAGAUCAUGUUCGUCAACACCAUAAUACAGCAAAUGGUGUGGAUGAAACAGCAGACAACGCAUUUGUCGUUCAUCCCCCACAGCAGCUAUCAGAUGUACAGGUACCAGAAGCGAACCGUCCACUGACAGAUGCACAGAUACAUGAUCUAGAUAACCAGCUUACCCUUCUACCUCAUUACUCAUCUUACUCCAUGGACAGCUGUAGGUUACUGUGGAUUGAUGCACUUCAAAUAUGCUGUAACAUGUUUCAUUAA